AUGGCACUCAACUUUCAAGAUAUUAAGUUGUGGUUGAAAUCUCCCCGCCCUUUAUGGGUCCGCCUUCCAUCCUCGGAUGAGGAGACAGAGAAUGAAAAAGCCCCAACACACAAUGUCCUCAAGCGCCAAUUGAUUCAGGAGUAUUUACUCUACCACUGGCCUUGGAUUUUAUCUACAUUUUUCUUCGCAUGUCUUACUGUGAUCCUAUACAUUGUCUCUCUAUCGGACAAUGGGCCAGCCUGUGCACCAGCUUGCAGGUGGCGAAAGACAGAUCUGGAAUCGGCAUCAGAACAAUUGAAGGAACAGGAAAUGAGAUUCAGCGGAGCCCUCGCAUACAAUGAAACUGGGAACUUGGUAAUAGAGUUUACUCCUGGUGAAAAGAAAUGGGUGGGAAAUCCCACUCCUGAGAUAGACGCUCUUUGGGAUCGAGUGGAAUCAGGAUCGAUUAUCCUACUCGAGGGUUCGGAAUCCGACACCGUGAGAGAUAAAACCUUGCUAUUCGACGGGUACUGGCUUACGGGUCUUGAUGUAAUCCAUCAAAUUCAUUGCCUGAACAAGAUCCGGAAGGCCUUAUAUCCCGAAUACUACAAACCCGAGCAGUCAGCAUCUACCGAAAUGCUUCAUGUUGAACACUGUCUCGACUACAUCCGGCAAGCCGUCAUGUGCAACUCCGACAUCACCCCAGUCCCACUCACUUGGUACCAAAGUGCCCAAACAUUCGGUCCCGAUUUUCGCACGACACAUACAUGUCGUGACUUUGAGGCAUUGCUACAAUGGUCCUUGGAGAGGACUUCAAAAGCAUUGAAAGGGAAAGGUACUGGGAUGGAACAUGCCAAGGACCAUUCACUGAAGAUGCCGGGGAGUUUACAGAGGUCAGAUGGGCUGAGUCAUGGGGACCAUCAUGGACAGUGA